AUGGAGCUAGUAGUGGCCAAGGUCCUUUGCCUUCUGGGGGUGUUUGCUCUUAUGUUGGCUGGGAUUCUUGUCCCAGUGCGCCUGAUGAUGCAGGUGGACUAUGAGAAAGCCCAAAGCUACAGGAAGGCUCUUGCACUCUGCAAUUCUUUUGGAGGUGGUGUAUUUCUGGCCACUUGCUUCAAUGCUCUUUUGCCAGCAGUAAGAAACAAGGUAGGUAGCCAUGUCUUACCAGAAGAGAACCGUCGCGCUCUCCAAGAGGCUUGGCUGGUGUGUAAAACCUGUCAAUUCAGUCAAACAAAGAGGUGUAAUGGGUUCGCACUCAAGAAGAUGUCGCAUAAAGCUUACUUAAUUAUUCAAUGUUUUCAAUUAAUUUCACUGCUUUACAGCCUUCUUCAGUGUGUAAGUCUAAAAUGUUGGUUGGUUUGAUUGAUUGAUAAAAUAUCUUACUGUGUUGCCCCCUCCCAUAGCCUUUCAUUAACCAGUAGAAAACAGAUAAUUCAGUCUACAUUCAUUCCUGUUAGAUUAUGGCGAUAUUAUAUACAUUAAUGCAGCUACCAGUGUUUUGAAGCCCUUGGACACAAUAUAUCGUAGCGCACUUUGUUUUAUAACAUCUGAUAGUUUUGACACUCACCACUGCAUCCUUUAUCAUAAAGUUGGUUGGACCUCGCCAAAAAAACACGUAGGUCACUUAAUUAUUCUGUUUUUGUUUAUAAAGCCUUACUCAAUAAACUACCAAUUUACUUAACAUUAUUGUUGAAAUAUAGAAACUCGGAUUACAACACUAGAUCACAGGGUUGGUUAAUGCUGGAGACUCCACGUGUAUCCACAGAGUUGGGUAAAUCUGCCUUUUCCUACCAGGCCCCUAUCUUGUGGAAUAAUCUCCAAGUAACGUUUCAUUUGGAUGUGUUGUUGUCUCAGGGUCAGUUUAGGAGAAAGGCUAGGGAUUUUUACAUUGAUAAAUGUGUUUGUUUUGUUUGAUUGUUUGUGUAUAUAAUAUUUGCUAUUUAUUUAAUUUUGUGUAUUAAAUAGAGUAUAAUUUUAUUUUCUGUAUUGUUCCCAGGGCACAUUUGCAAAUGAGACCUAGGUCUCAAUGUGUUUUUCCCUGGUUAAAUAAAUAAAAUAAAAUAGUCAGGCUCUCAGAAGCAGUUUGGAAGAAAGAAGCCCUGUUGAGAAGCCACUCCAAUAUAUUCCGACAACCACUUUGCUGUUGUAGAAUAGAAGUAGAAUGUUUAUAUGCUGAUGUUAAUUUACUGAGUGUUGUUUCUUUAGGUGGAUGAGGUCCUUAAGCUGGUGAAUAUAACCACAGACUACCCCCUGGCAGAGACCAUGAUGAUGCUGGGCUUCUUCCUCACAGUCUUUGUGGAGCAGGCAGUGCUCACCUUCAAGAAGGAAAAGCCAUCAUUCAUCAACCUGGAGACCUUUAACGCAGGGGUCUCCGAGGCUGGGAGCGACUCUGAGUACGACACCCCAUUCAUUUCUCCCACUCGGGGCUCCCCUGUGGGCCACCACCAUGGGCAUCACCACGGACACCUCAGCCCCACUGAGAUGGCCAGAGCUGGGCCUCUGCGGCUGGCCAGCCUGGUCCUGGCUCUCUCUGCCCAUUCUGUGUUCGAGGGGCUGGCCCUGGGCCUCCAGGAGGAUGGGGCCAAGCUGGGAAGCCUCUUCUUGGGGGUGGGCAUCCACGAGACCCUGGCCGCCGUGGCUCUGGGGGUGAGUGUGGCCAAAGCUGCUUUGCCCAUGAGGGAUGCCAUCAAGCUCGGUGUAACGGUCAGCCUCAUGAUUCCCAUUGGCAUCGGACUGGGCAUGGGCAUCAAUAGUGCCCAAAACCUGGCAGGCAGUAUUGCCUCUGUGGUGCUCCAAGGCCUGGCUGCUGGGACUUUCCUCUUUGUCACCUUCUUUGAGAUCCUGUCUCGGGAGCUGGAGGAUAAACAUAACAGACUGCUAAAGGUGCUCUUUCUUAUACUGGGCUAUGGGGUACUAGCAGGCCUAAUGUUCAUCAAGUGGUGA